AUGAUAAAUAGAUGGUUUACAAGGAAAUUAAGAAGACAAUUAAUUUAUUGGUGUUCAGCUACUAUAUUUGCAUUUAUUAUAUUUAAAUUACUACUACAUUUUAAUUUUAUAAAUUCCCCAGGUCAAGUUUAUAAAAAUCAAGUUAUUUUCCCUGCCAGCUUUCCAAGUAAUGAAGAUAUUCAAUCAUUUGUAAAUAAUCAUAAACAAUUUUUUAAUAAAAAUGCUUUAGGAAAUCCUAGCUAUCAUAAAGCAGUUGAAGAAAUACCUAAAAUUCAGCAAUCAAUCUUUAAAAAGUAUAGUUUUACAGUGUUCAACUCCAAAAAAGAUAUAGAUUUAAAUUUAAAGAAAUGUGAUCAACUAAGUUCUAAAAGUUUUGUUGAAAUUGAUGAAGCUAAAGAUAUGAAAAGUUCAUUACAUAAAAUAUUGUCCAAUGUUUUACAAGAAAUUGAAGCAGGUACUAAUCCAUAUCUAUCCGAAAUUGCACCUUUUUUACUCCCUGAAUUGAGACUACAGUUAAAAAUGAAUAUUGUUGAUAAGUUUUGGUUUAAAAUUGCUGGCUCUUCUGUAUACCUUGAAGAUUAUGGUGUACAUUUUAUGAUUUCAAGAAUUUUGUAUAGCCCCAAGGGUGUUCGAAAUCAACCAAUAAUUUCAUUAACAUAUGCUCAAUUAUUUGAUAAAGAAUGGAAUGAAUUAAUAAAUACAAAAUUAUUAGUACCCACCAAUGAUAAUAGUUUUAAAAUUUUACAAUUUCCAUAUUUUUUACCAAUUCCAUUUUAUCAUGAUAUUGAUAAUAUUACAGGUAAAUAUUAUGGACCUGAAGAUCCGAGAUUGAUAUUGGUUAAAAAUAAAGUUGGUUAUCAUGAACCAAUUGUUGUCUUUAAUGCUUAUCAUAAACGAAUGGGUCAUUUUGAUGAUGAUGAAGAUGAAUUAGUUUUAUCUGCUCAAUUUUUCAGAUCAAUGUUUUUAUGUUGGCCAUGGCAAUUUCAACAAGGAAAAGAAGAAGUAGGAAGUGAAAGUGAUCAAGUGUAUAAUAAAAUUGUGGAAUUGAAAAUUAAGGAUUUUCCAAAAGUUAAAAAUCAAAAGAAUUGGACUCCAUUUAUAAGUCAUACUGAUCAUUUGAAAAAUGGUUAUGAUUCAAGUAUUUAUUUUGUUUACAGAUGGGCUAAUUUGGAUAUUGUAAAAUGUAAUUUAGAUGGAUCUUGUGAUUUUCAUGAUAGACUAAAUGAUAAACUAUCUCCAAAGAAUCAAGUUGGUCCAUUAAGAGGUGGUACACAAUUAAUAAAUUUAAAUCAAAUAGCUGCAGAUAUAAUUCCUAAAAAUAGAGAAAUUUUUAUUGGCUUUGCAAGAGCUCAUUUAGAUCAAUGUGGAUGUGGAAGUGUAAUGUAUCGACCAAAUUUAGUAAUUGUAGUUAAAGAUAAAGUUAAGAAUAAAGAAUUAUAUAAAGUAAGUCAUGUUUCAUCAUCAUUAGAAUUUAACUUACCUGUUAUUGGGUGGAAAUUACAUGAUCCUACAGAUUUAUGUUUUAAAUCAAAUAUUGUCCUACCUAAUGGAAUAUCACAGUGGAAUGUAGAUAAAAUAGAGUCCGUUGAUGGUAAAUGGAUUGUUAACGAUCAAUUGACUAUGUUAUUGUCCUUAAGUGAUUAUACAAUUCAUAAAUUAAAUAUAAAAGGUUUAUUACAAGCAAUUAUAGAUUUACCUGAUAAUUCAUUAUUUAAGAAACCAGGUAAAGAAAAUAAUGACAAAAUGAAGAAAAGAUUACAAAUACCUACUUUAGAUUUUGAAACUCAUAAGUAUGAAUUACCUGGGUUUAAUAACGAUAAUAUAGUUUGUGCAUUACAAGCUUCAGUAGAUUAUUGUUUUAAUUACGGAUUGAAACAACAAUUUUUUAAAUCAUUUAAUAUGAAAGAUGAAACAUUAGAUGACGAUGAGGAAGUAGAUGAAAGUGUAACUGAUCCAAAAAUAGCAGAAUAUAUGCAAUUAGUUGAAUAUUAUGGUUUAAGGGGUUCUCUUUAA